UCAAUCUCGCUUCCCCCCACGCUUCCCGCUGUUUCCUGUCGCGGUUUGUCGCUCACGUGUCUCGCGGUUGUGCGCUUAGCAUAUUUCCCUAUUUAUUGACGUAUUUAUUAAUUUAUUCGCCGACGAUGAUCGUUUCCACGAACGGGGGCAACCCAAACGCGCUGAAGCUGAUUGUCGCAGCUAAAUUGGCUCAGGAGACCGUCUCUGUCAGGAUUCUGAAGCCCAGCGACGCUGCCUUGGGUCGCUUGCCAACGCUGACUACGCCAUCAGGAGUAUCUCUGUUCAGCGUCUCUUCAGCGCUACGCUUCCUGUUGCCGGUACCUAAAGAAUCGGAGGUUCUUAACGACAGAUGGUUGGAAUGGGAAAUUUCUCAAUUACAGCCAACCAUAUUAAGUCACGCAAGCACAAGAACUUCCAAAACCCCACAGAAAUCUGACUUAUGGUCUUUACUAAAAGAUCUCAAUAAUGCACUGAAAGAAAAAGAGUACUUAAUUGAGAAAUGUAGUAAUUUAUCACCAGCAGAUAUUUCUAUUUGGGUAAGUCUUUGGAGCACGAUAUUGGUUACAGAUAUCGCAAACAAUAUUGCCAAGGACUUGCCAAACCUUGAUAGCUGGUUAGCUAAUAUUCAGAAGCAGUCAGUUAUCCAGCAAUCGAUUAAGGAAUCCAUUGAAAUGUUCAACUUGGAAAGAGGCGCGAAAGCUAUCGCAAGCAUUGAAGCUGCUUCCUGGUUCCCUGUCAAUACAACCUCAAAUUCCCAAGUUCACGAAUCAGUACCUAGUGACAUUAGCCCAACUAAGGAAAAAGAAGUGGAGAUAGUUAGUCAAGAAGAACUUCGCAAUGUGGCAAAGAGUUGGACCACUGAUCAAUAUCCAGAAGUCAAGGAAAGCUCAUAUCCCAUAUUACCUAAAAAAGGUGAACGAAAUGUAUUGAUAACAUCGGCUCUUCCUUAUGUCAAUAAUGUUCCGCAUCUGGGAAAUAUUAUUGGUUGCGUUCUUUCAGCUGAUAUCUUUGCAAGGUAUUGCAGGCAAAGAAACUACAACACCCUCUACAUAAGUGGAACCGACGAAUACGGCACCGCGACUGAAGCAAAAGCUUUGCAAGAGAAAACUACUCCUCAAGCUAUUUGUGAUAAAUUCUUCGACAUCCACAACGACGUUUACCGCUGGUUCGGCAUCGGAUUCGACUAUUUCGGCCGCACUACUACACCUGAGCAAACAGAAAUCGUUCAAGCGUUUUUCCUGAAAAUUAAAUCGCAAGGCUAUAUUUUUACCGAGACCGUGGAACAACUCCAUUGCGAAUCCUGCGAUCGGUUUCUCGCCGAUAGGUUCGUGGAGGGCAUAUGUCCCGGAUGCAAGUACGAAGACGCGCGCGGUGACCAAUGCGAUGGUUGCGGUCAUCUCGUGAACGCGGUCGAGUUAAUAAAUCCUCGAUGUAAGAUGUGUAACAAUAGACCUGUCGUGAAAAACUCGGUACAAUUCUUCUUGGAUUUACCCAAGCUAGAACAGGAACUAAAGAAAUAUUCAGCUACCGUGGAAAAGGGAUGGUCCAACGUCGCCAGAGUGGUUUCAAAAGCGUGGUUACGCGACGGUCUUAAGCCGCGUUGUAUAACCAGAGAUUUGAAGUGGGGCAUCCCGGUUCCGGUAGAGGGUUUCGAAAAUAAGGUGUUUUACGUCUGGUUUGACGCCCCUUUCGGAUAUAUCAGUAUUACAAAGAGGUAUACCAAAGAAUAUAAGAAAUGGUGGCAACCUCCUCAGGAUACGAAAAUCGAUUUGUGCCAAUUUAUGGCAAAGGAUAACGUUCCGUUCCACGUGAUAAUGUUCCCCGCUUGUUUACUAGCAGCUGAUCAAAAUUACACGUUGAUGAAAUAUAUAAUGGCAACCGAAUAUUUAAAUUAUGAAGAUAAAAAAUUUUCCAAGUCUCGGGGCAUCGGAGUGUUUGGAACCGAUGCCAGAGAUACCGGCAUUCCAGCUGAUGUGUGGCGAUUUUAUUUGGCCUUUAUCAGGCCCGAAACUCAAGAUUCAACUUUUAAUUGGGUGGAUUUAGCCACGAAAAACAAUAGCGAGUUACUAAAUAAUCUUGGGAAUUUUGUCAACAGAGCUCUGGUAUUCUCUGAAAAGUUCUUCGACUCUAAUGUACCACCGAUAGAGCCGGAAGAGGCUGACUGGACCCUAUUAGCGUUGGCGCAACGCGAACUGUCGUCUUACGUAAACGCCAUGGAACAAGCCAAGUUCAGAGAUGGCUUAAGACACAUAUUGGCGAUUUCGAAGCACGGCAAUCAGUACAUGCAAUUUCAACAGCCUUGGGUGAAAAUCAAGGGAAACGACGACGACAAGAAAAGGGCCGGAACUGUCGUUGCAAUUUGUUGCAAUUUAGCCUGCCUUCUGUCAGCCCUUUUGGCUCCCUUUAUGCCCAGUACAACCAAACAAUUGAGAUCUCAAUUAGGUUUGAGUAACAAAACUUACGGCUACAUUCCUGAAACGAUAACAAAUAUGUUACCUACGUGGCACAAAAUCGGCAAGCCCAGUCCGCUAUUCACUAAGAUUGAAGAUCAAAAGGUAGAAAUGUUACGCAAGAAAUACGCUGGCCAGCAGGAAAAUAAUGGCCAAGCAGCGGCUAAAAGCUCCGACGAAAUUGUCGCCUCAUUAGAAGCUGCUAUUACAAAACAGGGCAAUCUAGUAAGAGAACUGAAAGCUAAACAUGACAAAAGCGUUUGGCAACCGCAAGUAGAAAUUUUGUUAGAUCUGAAAAAGAAGCUAAUUGAUCUCAAAAGUAAUACGAACGCGCCUGAAAAAAAAUCACCCCCGAAAAAUAAGAAGGCCGAACCGAAGCACGUGCCGGAACAAAAUGGGGAACAAAAUGCUCCAACAGACGUGGCGGCAUUAGAAUCUGCUAUCGCAAAGCAGGGCAAUCUUGUGCGGGAGUUAAAGGCUAAGGAAGACGGAAGUGUGUGGAAGCCACAAGUGGAGAUAUUGGUGAAACUGAAACAGCGUUUAGCAGAUCUCACUGGAACAGCGCCAGUUGUCGUCGACAAGAAAUCCAAGAAGAAAAAGUAACUACACUUCCUUCGUAAUAGAACGAUGAGAUUUUUUUCAUCUAUUACGUUAUUCAUGUAGUUAUUUAACUAAUAAGAGUAUUCGACUAACAAUAAGAAAUACACAUGCGCUUUA